GCAGGAACUAUCUCUUGCUUGUAGUGGAGUAGUUGAAAAAGCAUAAACUUUGAAGUCAUAUGUACUAGGAUUGAAUUCUGGCUCUUUCGCUAAUUAGCUGGGUAGAAAGUCACUUUCCUUUUCUCAGCUGGGGUGGUCAUCAGUAAAAUAGGUGUAAUAGUGCCUGUCAGACAGGGUUAUUGGGGAGAAUAAAUGAGAUCCAAUAUGUAAAACACCCAUUCUGGUGUCUGAUCCAAGGUUAAGUGUUCAGUAAAUUUUACUGAAUGGAUUUGACAGGUCCUCUCCCUUCCCAGAAGGCAAAUUUAAUUUAAUUUAAUUAUAAUUUAAAUAUUUGUUGGGCUUCUCCCAUAUGCCAGACUUCCUGCUUUGGGGCAUUAAGAGGGGAAUAGAUACUAUCCCUCAGUCUCGGGGACUGGGCACACAACUUAAACACAGGGUUAAGUUGUGAUCAGUAAGGUAGCCAGUAAAGUAGCGACUGUGAGUGAGAUUUUUUUGAUGAGCCAGUGCUAACUCAAGUUUAUUUGUGUGAUGAUGUUACUGUCAGUCCUUUACAUUCAUAUGCGUUCUCUUGAGUGGGAAAGAAGGGGGUGGAAGAAGGAGGCUACGCGAUCCACUGGCUCUGGUGAGCAGCUGUUUUUCCUGUAGCACUAAUAGCUGUGAUGUUCUGACUUUUUGUUGGGCUUUGUGUCCUGACAAAAACGUUUGGGAUAUCAUCUGAAUUCCGGUACAUUCCUGACGGUGUACUGUGUGAGUCAAAGUCAUUUAUCACAUGGCGUUAUGGGUAAGGAAAAUGUUGAGAAUUACAGAUCUGUUCAAUAGAAAUGACUUGUUCUGGGGUGAUAUUCUCUCUCUUGCUCUCCCUCUCUCUUUCUGUGGUCUAAAGCACAUCAGAGUUUGCAUUGGUCCUUCAUAAAAUGAGAAAAAUGACAAUGAAAAAAGCCUUUGUGUGUGCAUGAAAGAUAAUUGUCUUUUCUUGAGGACUAUCAUUUAUUCUGCAGUUAUCUUCUUCUUCCUGUUAAAAUUUCCUUUCUUUUGUAGUAGAUGAUGAGGGUUUUUAAAACUCUUAGCAAAAUUAAAAACUGGUCACCUUGUGUUAGCUCUUCCCAUUUUAAACUGGUCUGUGAAGUUUAAAUGUGGUCUUCAGCAUUGUUUCCUGACCUCACCACUAACAUCUUGGUGGAAUGCCUCAAAUUCCUUAGUUUUCUUUCUCCUCGCCUUGCCAGCUUUGCAAUCUCUUUGCCAAAAGAUGGAGGGUGGAUGUGUUGGGGAAAGGAGAGGAUGGCAGAGGUGUACGAGUGUGUGUCCUUGUUGGAGCUGGAAGCCGGAGGCUUGCCAGGACAGAUGGCUGGACUGGUAGAUGCUGAGUGUUAAAGUUAUUUGUGUUAAUGUCUUUUCUCCUUACUUGCUUGUGGCAAGUAAGAAAUCACAGAAGGUAGAGUCAGACAGAAUAGAUCUGGGCUCAGAUUUGGGCUCUGUCAUCACUGGCUGUGUCGCCUAGGAACAGCCACAAACCUCUCUGAGCCUCAGGCGCCUUGUUCGAGAACUGGGAGCAGAUCCUCUCUCACGGGGUUGUUCCAAUGAUGAAAUGAGGCAAUGACUGUGAAAGUGCAAUGUAACCACACCACUGUCCCCCAGCCCCUGGCCCCCCACCCCAACCAUGCUUUACGGAAUGUCCUGUGACUUUCCUGCUUCAGUACUAACAUGGUGGCUUGCACAUAGUGGGAACUUGGUAAGCAUUGGUUUGGUUGGCUGAAUGUUCAGAGGCUGAGUUGGUUGGCAUGUGAAGAGAGACAUCCCAGUUCCCUUUCUUCCGACCCAGUAACGAGCUGGUGCUUACUGACCACUCCUUUGGUGUUGGAAGCUCUGCCCGGCCCUUUUCCUGCAUUGCCUCAUUUCCUGUUUCCAACAAUCUCAUGAGGUAGAGUCUAUUCUUGUUCCCCAUUUCCAGAUGAGAAAACCGAGGCUUAGAGAGGCGAGGUCUCGUCUGAGAGGAACCGAGACACGUGUUCAGAUCUGCCUGUGGAGCCUGCACCCAGACCCGCCAUGCUGUGCCCCAAAUACUCAGAUGUGCGGUGGGUGUUAAAGGCGGCGAGCCGUGGUCUCAGGGCCAAGAGCGUUCCAGGCCUUGAGUGGCUGGCUCCUCCCGUCUCCCCUCACCCCCCUGGGUUGCCCUUAUUUCCCAGAAGCUGUUCAUUUUCCCCAUCUCUCCUAAACGCCCUCACCCUCAUAAGGAUUCAUCCCAGAUGCUUCAGAACCAAAACAAUAAAUGGUGGCCGAGGUCAGUGCCACAAAAGAACAAGGGAAAGGGGACAAGGGACGCUGGCUUUAACAAGGUGCUGAGAUAAAGAGCCCUCACUCUCUGCUUCCUGUUGCCUAGGAGAAGCCUCCCAUCCACGCUGGGCGACGCUGUGUAGGGAUGCAAAGGGGCCCUUGGGUGAGAGGGAGGAGAAGGGGCAGAGAAAGAGUAGGGGCAAGACUGCCGCUGGCCUUGUGCACAAGGAUGGGCAAGGUGUGAUGGCUUCGAGCCCUGUCCCAGGCACUCUUUCAGGCCUGACCCGAUUCUUUCUGGCCGGGAGCUUUUAGGCACACAUUCAUUUGCAUGGAAGGCUGAUAAGGUUAUUAAAACCUGGAGUCCUACUAUUUUGGGUAGCAUUCCUUCAGCUGGGUGUUCUCCUAGUGGCUAAAUGACUCUUGCUGUACUCUAAUGAUACAGCAUCACGAAAUAUUCUUCUGCCUUUGGAAACACAUCAUCUGUAACUGUUCCUUUUUAUUCUGUCUCAUCCCUUUUGAAUUCCUUUGGCUGUGGAGUGAUUAGGAAACGCUCUUUGUAAUCAUUGUCCUUAAUACAUGUGGUUGGAUAAUGUUGCUGGCUAAUAAGGCAGCAGUGACGGUGAGCAGCAAGAUUCUAAUAGCACAGAGAGCUUUAAACUUUCAAACUGCUCACGUGUGUAUACUUGGGGCUUUGUGCAGCUUUCUGAAAAUAAGAAGAUGGAACUCAGUAUCCCAUUUUACAGAGGAGGAAACCAAGGCUCAGGGUCAAUUUCUUGCCCAAGCUUACAAAGCAAAGAUGUGAGCAGAAUUAAUUUCUUUCAUAGAACUGGCGUUUGAACUUAAAUAUUCCGUCUUGUGGUCCUGCAGCAUUUUCUGCUCUUUCAAGGGGCUGCCCCCUGAUAACUGACCCAGUGGCUUUCCCCCUUUUAUCCCUGGAGAACAGGCUUUGGUAAUAACUCCAAAGUCUUGUGAGGGUCCAUCAGGAUUGUUUAUGCGGAAGCAGAGUUCAAGCAACUGUCAGAGACCCUGACCUCACUGCAUUCCCUUCCAGGCUCCCACUUGCUGGCACUUUUUUAGACACCAAGGAUGAGUUGAAUAAAAUUGAAAUAUUUAGGAGAAAAGUGCUUAAGCAGCCAUUUCAUUUUAAGUUGUUCCCACAUGAAAAUGUUGGAAAGUAAACCAUUAAGCCUUUACCCUUUGACCAUCAGUUUAGCUGCCACCUUCUGUCACACCUUAAUUAAUGAGGAGGAGGAGGCAAGGUAGUGGCCAUUACUAAAUCUGGGAGGACAGAAUGGAAUUGGAGACGGGCCUGAUCUUAAUGAGCAAAGACAAAGUGAUUCACAGGAUUUUGUGAAAUAAGAAAUACGAAUGGGAAGUACAGUGAGAUUUUGCUUGGUAAUUUGCCAGUUUAUUUGUAGAGACAAACAAAACCUGCUAAUCUCUGAGUGGUACAAAUGCCCGGAACUAAUGCAAGAAGAGCCGUCUCUCCACUGGGAAACCAGAAAGUAUCAGCGUUCUGAGGUGGUGGGGUCAGUGCCAGGCCCCCAGCCUUGCUUGAGGGAGUCAGGCUAACAGAGUGGCUUCUGAAGGCUUUGGAAGCAUUGGAGAAUGCGAUAAAAUUGAGAGUACAGCCUGGAAAAAGUACACAGAAAGCUCAACACCUGGCCCAAGAAGGGUCAGUUUUGCAUUAAAAUGGAAGACAGCGAAAGGAAGGUUGACUGUGGAUCUCACUACUGGGCUCAUACGAGCCCCACUGGCGCACCCCUUGGAGAAAGACAUUUUCUGCUCCCACCGAUUUGGCAGGGCCUGCUUCCUGAAUCUCCCGGGUGUGUCUUAAUUGCCAGUCUCAGCACCUCUUGAGAGCGCCACUCUCCUCCAGUGGUCACAGUGGAAGGAUCAUGGGAGAAACAGAAGGGAAGAAAGACGAGGCUGAUUAUAAGCGACUACAGACUUUCCCUCUAGUCAGGCACUCGGACAUGCCAGAGGAGAUGCGAGUGGAGACCAUGGAGCUUUGUGUCACAGCCUGUGAGAAAUUCUCCAACAACAACGAGAGUGCCGCCAAGAUGAUCAAAGAGACGAUGGACAAGAAGUUCGGCUCCUCCUGGCAUGUGGUGAUUGGUGAAGGCUUUGGCUUUGAAAUCACACAUGAGGUGCCCCUGACCGUCCUCCAUCCGCAGCACAGCUGUGAGGUGUCUGCUGUCCUUGUCUUCAGUGGCCAUAUGAAAAUGGCCCCAAGAAGGAGCCUCUCCUCUCAAGGGACAUUGGCAGCUUCUCUCCUUGUCCUCUGGGGAAGCCGUGACCCUCCCCCAGCUUCCCCAUCAACUUGGCCCCAGGCUGCACAAACCAUUGCAUCUCAUUGGACCAGCAGCUCACCAGUCCCCGGCUUUGGCAUGAGGGGCCAAGCGGCCUUGCCACCCCUGUCCGCCCCUCCUUCCUCGGGCACCAGGCCGCUCGGCCUUUAGCAUAGCCGCUCCCCUUGCAGCGUGCAGCUGACAGCCGCGGCAGAGGGGUGGGAACUGCUAUUGCGCAGGUUCUUGAGGUACCACUGAGGCUCCGGUGAGAGGCCAGGGCCAGGAGUGUCCUCACCCACGAGACCCGUUUCGGCAGGGAAACCUGGCCUGCCAGUUACUUCUCAUCAGGGACCGCAUGCUGAUUUGUACUUCUAACUCUGCUGGGUUUUCUAUAUUCUUUUUGAGUGUGGGGAGAAGGGUUUUAGUAGAAGGGUGAAUCAUAUUUUACACAGCGGUCUUAUUUAUAUGAAUGUCUUGGUUUUUACAAUUAAAAUUACCAAAAUCAGA